AACCAGCAAAGAGAGUACCUGGUCGCAUCGAACUCGGCACGGCAUACGCGCCUCACUGGUUAGCAUAUCUGCCACAAAUCCACAUUCGUGGUCGCUCAGGCCUUCUGUUGCUUCUGCUAGCGCAACACAGUCGAAAUCCAUCGCUGUGCCACAUAAAACACAUCAGGGUCAGCUGCUGCCACCACAAUGCGCCGCCCAACAACCUACGAGCAGACGCUCGAACGCCUCAAGACCCAAGGCACGCGCGAGCAAGAAUGCUUCUCGCGCGCCGUCACGGCGCUACGCGGCAAGGGCACCGCUGCUGAAUUCUCGGCCACGAUCACCGAUGCGCGCGCAGCGAUCGACAAGCUCGUGCAGGACCCGGAGCUGUUUACGUCGCGCCGCGCGGCCGUCGCCGGCGACGCGACGAGCCUGAUGGCGGCGUUAGGUUAUGCUCCCCUCGAGGGGCUGCCGGGCCGCUACGAGUUCCGUACCGCGACCACCCCGGUAGUGCUGCGGCGCCUGGCGCUCGCGUCUGCGUCCCUCGAGGCCGCUUUGCGCGAGGAGCCGACGCGCCGCGCCGCCCAGCGCUUCGACCACUUGCCACCCGAGCCGGCGUUGGGAGCCUCGGGGACCACGACCCUGACGCUGCUCUCCGGCUCGACGGCGCCGCAGCGCAGACGCUACGAUGCCGACGACGUACUCGAAAAGGUCAUGGGGUGGUUACGGGCCGCUUCCGAGCGAAACGUCGGCGUUGAGGACCUAACGUUGGUCCACCCGCGGCGCGAGCUCACGCCGGAUGAUUUGAAGCGGACGUUGCAAGGGCUCGGCCUCUGGCCCUCGGCGACGCUCAAGCUCAAAGGCGACGAGCCUCCACCGCCGCCGCCGCGCCCGUCGAACAAGCCCAAGCCGUCGGACAUCUUCAAGAAAAUCAAGAUGGCGCGCAAACGCGCGGAGCGCGAGGAGCGCUACCGGUCGGCGCCGGCGCCGGCUUGAGUCUUGUCUAAGCAUGUGUACUAGUA